AUGGAGACGCGAUUGUCUCCGUCCAUGCAGGAGCUGCGCAACAUCGCACGCGAGCGCGGUCUCAAGUAUUACAUGCACUUGUCCAAACCUGAGCUCUUCUCGCUGUUGCAACGCAAGGAAGGCGGUGGAUCGGCUACAAAGCUCACAGUUGCAUCUGAAACUGCUAAAGAGAAUACUGUGCGCCGUAAUGAAUGCGCACUGACUGUUCGAACAGCGGCAACACGCGUUAGUGAACGACUUAUUUCUUACAACAAGAAGCGCAAGGCGAUAGACAAUGCAGACGACAGAAAGAAAGCGAAGGUGGUCAUCAAUACACUCGAUCCCAUUAUGCUCACGGAGCUUGGUCCACAUACAUUUGAGUUUACAAGGACAAAUGGGUCCGUAGUGAUGUACAACGUGGAGUCGCUAGUGCAAUACAUUCUCGCAACGGGUGACUUUUCGGAGCCGGAAACGCGAAUUGCGUUUACAGAUGAAGACCUGCAUCGAAUGGAUAUUGAGGCGAGCAAGGCAAAACUUAAUCAGAACAGUGUCAUGGACGCAAAGAAAAAUAAGCAUUUGUUUGACCAACGAAAAAUUAAGCGUGAUGGCAUCCUGGGGUUGGAGCGCUGUGCAUCCGAGUAUGUAAACAAGAUGCUUGAUAUUAUCGAGAGCGACGAUUCUGAAGAUGGCGAAAUGCUCCUCGUCAUGAGUGUAUUUCCGUCGUUCUCGGACAUUUUUGAGCAAAUCCGUAAAAGCGACUUGGAGUAUGCCAAGCAUAGCAUGGGUCACUACAUUCAUCAUUUUACGAUUUUUGGACGAUGUCGCUAUGGGCAACCAAGGCGCAAGCUCUUUUGGUUUUUGAACAUGGACCGUUUUGCUCGCAAAAGCAAAACCUUACAAGCACUGUACUGGGAAAACCCAGUCAAGAACAGCGGACGUGUAGCGAUGGAAGACAAAGCGCAUCAGCUUAAUGAUAGUGCCGCAAGCACUACCAGUAGUCGCCGCCAAAAAAUUGCUUGUAUCACAGAUCCUACAACUACACGAAAUCGAAACAAUGAAGAAUAG